UAGGAGGUGUCCUAUAGCCCGAAAUAUCGUUAAACAAAACAUUGAAAUUGAUAAUGUCGUGGGCAGUUUCAUUUCAUUCCGUGUCUCUUGACGUUAGAUUAUACCAAAACUAUCUAGAUACCGAAAAUCGUGAUCGUAGUCACGAUAGUAAACGUUGACGAAUAUUCCAUUGUGUAUGAGAAUUUUGUGAUAUUUCCUUAGCAAUUUGAAGAUACAGCAGACCUUGGUACUGUGGAAUGUUAACGCCUGGAUCUUCGCAAAAUAAUUUUCAAUUUCAAAUUCCCCACGCAAAAUCUUGUUGACGCCAAGUAUGGCGAUCGAAAUGAAAUAAUGGGCGAUGAUGUUUUCUCAACUGGCAACCUAGGAUGCUUGAAAGGAAGGGGGAAGGGGACCAUCGACCAUUUUGUAUCUUGUAACUUGAAUUCAGUGCAAGUUGCAGCCGGUUUAGACGUUGUUUGCCGUAUUAUAUUUUAUAUAAUUCUUGAUGGUAAAAAUGGAGACGAAGGUAGAAAAUAAUGUGAAACAAGAAGCUGCGCCUGAAACUGAUAAUAGUAGUGCUGGACAGGAGAAAGGGGGUUUUGCAAACAGAGGACGUGGUGAGAGUCGAUUUGGUCGUGGAGGGCGGUUUGGUGGACCUCGAGGCGGAGGCGGCAACCGUGAUGGUGGUGACAGAGGUCAAGAUGGUCAACAAGGCGGGCGUAACCAAGAUGGUAGAAACCAAGAUGGCCCUCGUAGAGGUGGUAGAGGUGGAGGUAGAGGCGGAUUCCAAGGACAACGCAGACAGGAUAAUAACCAACAAGAUGGAGAAAAUGAUAACCGUGAAGGAGGUCGCGGUCGUUAUCCACGAGGCCCAGAUGAUAAAUUCAAUGAGAAGGUGAUGUCUUUAUCUGGCCCAACCUUUGAUAUUCCUGCUGUACCAAUGACUGAAAAGAAAUUCAAUGGCAGAAACAGAUUGUAUAUCGGUAACAUAAGCCCUGAAGUUACUGAGGAUGACAUAAAAGAACUAUUCCAACCAUUUGGAGAAAUCAACGAAACUUUCAUCAACAAAGAAAAGAACUUUGGCUUUAUCAAAGUUGAUUACCACAGCAAUGCUGAGAAGGCAAAAAGGGAGCUUGAUGGGCAUUUGCUGAAAGGCAGAAACUUGAAGAUCAGAUUUGCACCCAACUCGACCACUAUCAAAGUCAAGAAUUUGACACCAUUUGUCUCUAAUGAAUUGCUGUACUAUUCUUUCUCUGUAUUUGGCGAGAUUGAAAGAGCAAUGGUGUGCGUGGACGAGCGUGGUAAACCAACAGGGGAGGGUAUCAUUGACUUUGCACGCAAGGGAUCUGCAACCCAUGCUAUUAGGAGGUGCUCAGAAGGUUGCUUUUUCCUAACUGGUUCCUUGAGACCCGUUAUUGUGGAGACAUACGAGGUCGUCGAUGAUGUGGAUGGCUAUCCUGAGAAGAACAUCCCCAAGAAAAGCAUGGAUUAUCAUAAAGAAAGAGAACAGGGUCCCAGAUUCGCAACUCCUGGUUCAUUUGAGAAUGAAUAUGGCAUGAGGUGGAAGCAGCUCUAUGAUUUACACUCUCAGAAGGAAGAAGCCUUGAAGAAGGAACUAGAACUUGAGAAAGAAAAGUUGGCAGCUCAAAUGGAGUAUGCCAAAUACGAGCAUGAAACAGAGGUGCUGCGUGACCAGCUGAGAGCUCGCGAGAUGGACAAAGAACGACAGAAAAUCGAGUGGGAGAGAAAGCAGAGAAUGGUGGAGGAAGAGAGGCUGAGAACCGAGGAGCAGAUGAGACGGCAGCAGGAGGAUAUGGAGUCACGCAUGCUGGCCCAGCAGGAGGAGCUCAGGAGAAGGCAACAGGAAAACACCCUCUUUAUGCAGGCACACAAUUUGGACUCAAUGCUUGAACAGCAAGAACAAGCAUAUGAUGCUCCAAGUUAUAGUAAGUUGAGUGCAGUGUCCAUGAAUGAUGAUACGGGACUCGACUCGAAAUCGUUCAUGAGCUCUUACGAGCGACACAGCAACAGAUACGAAGCCAACCGAGAACCAGCUAGGGGCAGUACUGGAUCAAUGGCCAAUAGAGGGCACUGGGUCAGCGAUAACAGGAGAGGGGAUGAUUUUCCCAAUAAGAGGCGCCGCUUUUAAAUCCAUUGCAAAAAACACUCCACUUUUAUUUAUAUAAUGACAGUUGUCUUCGUCCCUGGUGACCAUUCAGACUAUGUCGCGCGUUUCUCCUAAACUUUUGUUAAGGUCGAUGAAUCGAACAAAUGCGGAGGCUCCUGGGUAGACAUUGCUUUUGGGAGUGCGCUUACCUAGCUUGCUUUAUUAGCAACAUUCAUAGAAUGGAAGAUAUCACCAUAACAGCGGAAUGAGGAGACAACAAACGUAACAUUAACUUUUAUAAAUACUAGCCCAGCCGAACAUUUCAAACUUCCCGUCUAGUCUUUGGUUAUUAUUACGUUUAAUUGUCAAUAUCAAUACAUAAUCAAAUUUGGGACAGUGGGAUUACGAUUACGGUAUCGGAUAUGUCACAAAAUACCUAAAAUUCUUUUUUAUUUUAUAUUGCCUUGAAAAGCGAUGCUGAAUCUGUUUGGCAAUAAAUGCUAUUAUUAUGCCAGCUUGAUACUUGAUGCAACCGUCGUUUCCCACAUCUUGGAAAAAGUGUCAUUUGCUAAUGCGGAACGUGGGCGCACCCCAAAAUAUUGUCCAAUAUCCAGAUUCCAGCAGCUGUGGGAAAAUUAUGCGUUCAUUAAAUAUUUCGGUAUUAAGAAAUAGUAACAAAAUUUUGGAUCGACUUUUUUCCCACACGUGAGGUAAGCCUUAACAAAAGUUCUAAAUUAAUGCGAGCCAUAUGUUUUUACGUAGCUUGACGUGUUUCUUUAAUGUACUAGGUGUUCAUGCCUCAUUAAAUUAAAGUAAGUAAAAUAAACUUUGUCUUGUGAAUUUAAAUUUUAAGUAUAUGGUUAGACAUCUCUAUACUUGAGUCCUUGACUGUUGUGGUAAUUGAAAUCUCUUUUUAUAUAAACAGUUAUUAUUUAAUCCAUUCUAAUCUACGUCUCCCGUAUUAUGAGUCAGAUCAGUUAAUUUGUAUAUAAAAUGCAAUAACUCGCUAUCAUGGUAAAUAAUUUUGAAAAUAUUGCUAUCAUCAAUUGUUCUUUGUUUGAGUAUAUUUGUAUAUAAUGUAAUUGUGUUUUGAAACAUCCCUGUUUUCAAAAUUGCCUUUUGAAGGUAGUUUCUGACAUCCUAGUAUAAGACAUCUAUUAUGAACAGUGAUUGAAUUAAUUUACAUGUUUACAAAUUAGUGGCGUAGUUUACCGUGCAACAAUAAAAAUAGUGUAAAAUUUCGAUUUCUUUCGUUUUCCUUUGUUACAAGUUCCUACUUUGUUCUGAUAACGUAUCCAAGCCUAUCACAGCACAUUCAGCUUCAUUUUCUUAGAUAUAUGUCGCCUUCAAAAUUAGGGAUCUAAUUAAACCGAAGUGGGACAUUGCAGUACCAAAGGAGGAAAAAAGUAUACUCCGCGGGAAAAUAUAUCCACAUAUAAAUAGUUUUUUUCCAAAUAUUUUUCUUUAUAUAUAGCAUCAUUGAAAAGACUUCCAUCAUCAUCAUUGGCGCGGAUCAACCGAACUUCGACAAUUUCGCGUAAAGGCUGUUUUUUUUUAAAUACGUUAUCAAAAAUGUUCUUGGACAUAAAUUGAUGAAGCGACUGUGCUUGUAGUUUCCAAGCUUAAGCUUAUCAAAGGUUUUGUUUAAUACUGGGUUCUAAAUAUUAGCAGAAAUCCAUCCAGUUAAGCUGAUAAAGAAAGCAGGAGGGUGAUAUGGGCCAUGUGAGAGAAGAAUAUGAAGACAUAUGAUAAAAGUCACCAGCUGUUUUGUCUAUUCUACUAAUUCAUGUCCACACACAACCUAAGUCUUCUGGAAAUCGGAUGUUUAUUCGCAUUAUGGAUGCAUUAAUCAAAUUAAAUAGAAUAACAUAACCUGUUAAAACAUUUACGAGGGGGUACCCAAAAAGCCGGAAUUAUUUUUUAAAAGCUAUUUACUUCCAACCUUUUGACAAAAUACUGACCACUACAACUAAUACACUUGUCCCACCGGUACUUCCACUGCUCGAAAUAUUUUUUAAAGUCUUCCUUAGAAAUGUGUGACAGCUUGUCCCUCGUUUUUUUCUUGACCUCUUCAAUGUCGCUCAAAGCGGCGUCGUUUCAUACCCCUUUCCAUCCGUGUAAAUAAGAAAAAGUCGCACGGAGGUCGGGCGAAUAAGGUGCGUGAGGCAGCGGAACCAUGCCGUUUUUAGCCAGAAACUGUCGAACAGAGGCAAAUAACACAAGCUCUCGGAUUUUUUCAACGUUUUCGUCGAUUCGGGCAGUUGAUAGACGUCCAGGGCGAGGUUUGUCAUCAAUCGACAUGCCGCCAUUUUUAAAUCGAGCAAACCAAUCGUACAGCCGAGUUUUUCCCAUAGCAUCAUCGUUGUAAGCUAUUUUCAACGUUAAAACAGUUUCAGCCGCAUGUUUACCAAUUAGAAAGCAAAAUUUCCCAGAUGCACGUUGCUCACUGAAGAUUGCCAUCGUGACUACAGAGGAAUGAAACAAACCAGAUCGACAACUCAGGUGGCACUGAACUGGUAAUGAUCUGCUCUGUACACCUCCAGGGGCAGAAAUGUGUACUACACAAGCUCCGCCCACUGCAAUGUUUUUCCGGUUAUUUUUGGGUACCUCCUCGUAUAUGUACUUUUACACAACGGUGGUAUUCACUGACGAUAGCUGAAAAUCCAGAAUCGUACGACGUUUCAAUACUCGUGCAUUUUAUGCAAUCCUUUGACUUUUCUAAAAUAUACAGUAUAAUACAGACAUUACUCUGAUCACACCUUUACAAGAUUGACUUUCUAGCCCCGUGGUAUAGUGUUUUACGAGGGAUGUCUUUUAAGUUUUGCAUAUAGAAACAUA